AUGAAGGUGCUGUAUACCGUAAAAGCCAAAAAUCCAGCGCAAAUCUCCAAUUUCAGACUUUGACGACUCUUCUUCUUCUUCUCCUUCCCUUGCACCACACAAGACCGAUCUCUGUAUCUCUCUCUCAUAAAUCAUUGCGUUAGAACAGAUAUAGAGGAACAGAAUCGGAGAAGAAGAAACAGCGUUGAACUUGAACAGUCCUUUACUUUCGUGGAAACGCAAUGCCUGCUCAAAAACGUCACUCAUCCUCGGAGGAUCUUCACGACGAUGACUCCUCUCCUCCGCACCAGAGCCGUCGCAAGCAAUCGCGAAGAGAGAGACUGGCUGAGGAUGUAAGAGAUGACGAGGAGGAGGAAGAUGAAGAAGACGAAGAAGAUGAAGAAGAAGUGAAGGAGGAUCUGUCUGAAGGAGAAGAUUCCGAUGGUAGCCGAGCAUCCGACGACCCAACUACCCUUCCAGAAUGGGUACCUGCUGACCUGAUUGCUCUUCGUACCUAUGUUCAAUGUCCAAUAUGCUUAGGUAUUAUCAAGAAAACACGAACUGUGAUGGAAUGCUUACACCGUUUUUGCAGGGAAUGCAUUGACAAGUCAAUGCGGUUGGGUAACAAUGAGUGUCCUGCUUGCCGCACACAUUGUGCUAGUCGACGUUCUUUGAGAGAUGAUCCAAGAUUUGACACAUUGAUUGAGGUCUUAUAUCAAAAUAUUGAGAAGUAUGAGGAAGAGGAAUUGGCUUUUCAUGAAGAGGAGAAAACUCGUAACAAGCAGAUACAAGAUUCCAUUGCUCAAAUAUUUCGAAGGCAAUCAGAAGCACUUGCAGUCAAGCGCAAAACAGGUAAAGAUUUAGCCGCAUCAAGAUUGCCACGGAAUUAUCGCCAUUCUUACUCCAGAAGAAGACGAAGUGGCCGUGGCACAGAACUUGAAGGAUCUGAUGACAAUGAAGAUGAAAAUAAUCAUGAUGGAAACAAAGAUUCAUCUUCAGCUGAUGAACUUAGAACUGAAACUAAGCAGAGGAGAAACAGGAGAAGGGCGGUUGCAACUCACCCUUCUUCUUCUUCAGCUGUUAACUCUGAUGGAGGAGGAUGUGCUGAAAAUGAAUUGGAAACAAACAGAGAAAUUAGACUUUCCUCUUCCACACCUUUGCGGAGUUCAGAGAUAAUUGGUUGGGGUGGAGGUGGUGCUCGGAGCAGGAGCCUCCGGAGCUCUCGAUCAGCAAAACUGAAAGGAUAUCUUGAAAAUUCAAAAGAUAAUUAUGAUAAGUUAGAUGUUCAUCUCAUGCUUAUUUCCUUGAACUCGAAGACAGUGCCCGGUUUGGCGCAGCCAUUUCUCUGUUGUCGUCCUAGCUUGUUGGUUCAACACCUUAUUGAUUAUGUGGCUCAAGAGACCGAAAUGCAAUUGGAAGAUGUUGAAAUUCUGCUAGUUAAAAGGGCCGAUACUACAGGCAACAGCCUUGAUGGGGAUAUAAUAGACCUUUCAGUGUUACUUGGAAACGUCAGCUUACCAUCCGACCUGUUUGAUUUCUGUAAGGCAAUGCUGCAGCCUGUGGAAGGGAAAGAAACAUUGGGAAAACUUAGAAGCAAUUCAAGUAUUGGCGUCAACCAUUUGAUUCUUGCAUAUAGGGUGAAGAAUCAACUUAAAUAAUGGAAUGUCUUUGGGUGAAAAUCAGAAUCCUGGUAUAACUUUAUAUUUGAACCUUUUUCCAGGGGAAUUGAGCAAGAACAUUUUCCUAAGUGUGACAAAAAAAAAAUAUAUAUGAUAGUACUAUACCAUAACUGAGUGAUAUUGCUAUCUUAUUUAUAACUUACACAUUUCACAGUUUGGAGAUUUGAUAUUUGAAUAUUCAUUAUGGACUA